CUGCGCUGCUCGCUAGACUGGACGAACAGCUGAGGGAAGUAAGGUGUGUUGUCCCUUCAUGUAAACAAGCGACACCAACACUGAACUACCGACGGGGUUUGCUUCAACUUGCGGAUGGUUAACUUAUCUGUGGACUUCCUGCUGAACAUUAGCCGUUCUGGUUGUCAAAAAGGACCUAAAGAGCCGAGUUUCCUCGAAGCUAUCAUGCUGAACACAGAGGAAAGUUCCUGGUUAUCGGGGGCCUUGAAGCCCAGCUCUAUCCCUCAGGCUCCAGGGCCUCUGUGGUGCUCCGAUGCCCCUCACCCACAGCUGAAGAUCCCGGGUGGGCGAGGGACGGUCAGGGAUCACUCUCACUCCGUGCUAAUACACAAGGAUGACAGGUUGACUGUGACGCAGGCCUCCCCAGUCGGCGGGAGACCCUCUCUUCUCCGCUUCCACUACCAUCUGACUGAGCGCCGUUCGGCCUUCUGGGACACGGCGCUCUCAGGGGACAGCCUCUUUUUGGAGAUCCCAGCAGGUUCGCUGGCCGACGGGAGCAAAGAGGGGCUGACCGCGCUGCUGGAGUUUGCCGAGGAGAAGCUGAAGGUUAACUACGUCUUCCUGUGGUUCCACAAAAACAGAGAGGAUCGAAUGGUCAUCAUCAAGACUUUCCACUACAUGGGCUUCGAGAUGGUGAAGCCGGGCAACCCCAUAGUACCAGCCCGACCCGAUCUGGCCUUCAUGGCUUACUCUCUGGACAACAGCAGCUCGGAUGAAGAGUGACCCUCACCUCCCUC